AUGAUCAAACAAGCCAAGAAUAAAAAUGUCUCAUGGUUCGUCAUCCUGGUGGUGGACAGCACAGACAGAGAGAGGCUGGCCAUCUCUAAAGAGGAGCUCUACAGGAUGUUGGCUCAUGAGGAUCUGAGAAAAGCAGCUGUGUUGAUAUUUGCCAAUAAGCAGGAUAUGAAGGACUGUAUGUCUGCAGCGGAGAUCUCCAAAUACCUCACCCUGAGCUCCAUCAAAGACCACCCCUGGCACAUACAGUCCUGCUGCGCACUUACAGGAGAAGGUUUAUGCCAAGGUCUGGAGUGGAUGACUUCCAGGGCCGGACUAAGAUAGCCCCUCCUGCGCCAUCGAUGGCCUGACUACCUGCACCACCGAACCCGGUGGCACAACAGCUUAUUGGCUUAUUGUUACUUUUUUUUUAUUAUUAUGUUUUGGGAUUUUUUUUUUGUUUUUUAAAAAAAGUUGGACUUUGACCUCCUGCAAAGACGGCACGCACAUUUUUACGGGAGCACUGACACUGAUCCUUCUCCCCAAAAAAAAAAAUCGUGACUGGGGCGACACUAAUGAAUCUUCGUGGGGGGGUUUGUCAAACGUCACUAUUUACAGUUAAAGGAGAAGAAGAAGAAGAAAAAUAGCUUCAGUGAGACUCAUUUAGAGUUGCAUCGGACUCUGAUCAUUAACGCUAUCUUACAUAUCAUGUUACAUUUCACUAUAUCGUACCAGAUUGUGCCAUAAACAUCACGUGGACGCCCAGUUUUUGGGGUGAAAAUAUGGUGCAACUUGACGAUUUUCUGUGUUUUUUGUUUUUUUCUCUAAUGUACAGGUACAAUAUAACAGGACAAGCAAAAAGGGAUUUCACACAGUAUGUUGUUUAACUGGUUUUGAUGGGAAUGGUGGCACAAAGUUCGGUUAAAUUCAUGGAAAAAAAAAAAAAACAUACUUUGUUUUACGUUCUCGGACAUUUUGUUACAUAAUAUGUCUUCUUCAGUUUCAUAAGCUACAUCGUUUUGGGUGGUUUAUAUUCUCACAUUACAACGUUUAUCGGUGCCGUUAUUAAAAAAAAGAAAAAAAGAAAGAAAGUGGUUUAAUUAAAUCUCUCCCUCCUUCCUUUUUCUUAACUUUUGAUCCCCCCGUUCUUGCACGUUAUUGAGCCAAAAUGGUGUCGGCAUGCCAACGUUUUUUCCCCCCAUUUUUAAAAAACAACAACCCUUAAAAACGUUUCUCGAAUAAGCAAAUUCGUUCAGAUUUCGCGAUAAUUUUUUUUUUUUUUCCAAGUACAAAAAAGAAAGCUCAGUUUUUAAUGACAGUAUUUUAAAUUUUUAAACCGCUAUAUUUUGUCAAUGAUGCUUUUAUGAGUUGUAUUUAAUUUUAUUCUUUUUAUAUAUAUAUAUAAUUUUUUUGCUUUUAUAGACUUGUCAGAGCUUUUUUUUCGGGGGGGGCGGAGCAAGUUAGCAUCUAGUUUUUAUUUUUUUUGUAUUAUUAACACACGAUAAUUGGUGCUGUGCGAGUGAGUGUGUUCUUUUUCUUUUUUUUCUCGCAUCCUAAAAAUCUAUGAUAUAAAUAUAUAUAUAUAUGGAUUUUUGUUAAUUUUUUUUUCCGCAGCCAUUUUGGCAUAUAUUCCUCUUUAAAAAAAAAAAAAAAAAAAGUUUGUACUUUAAGAAAAAAAAAAAGACAAAACAAAGGGAUCAGAAUAAGCCAGCAUGAAGCAAAACCCUCGAGGCAGCAUCGGAGCUUUUUCUCGGACUUGAAUGGCACCAAAAAAAAGUGUGAGGAGGGGCGACGGAGGGGGGGGGGGGGGGGGGGGGUAUAAGGAUCCUCCUCUUUACUGAGUGUGCCACAACAUAUAUAUAUAUAUCUCCUCAACCACUCGGACUGUGGUUUAGUAGCAUUAAGAUGACUAAUAUCUCAAUAUUUUGGCCGUCAUAUAAGGUACAAUACUUGAUCCUCAGCCUUAACCGUGCUGUUGUGAGUGUCUGGAGGACCGUGUGUGUAUGAAUCGGACAUUCUGCUCAUGAUUAUUGAUUUUGUUUUCGGGGUUUUUUUACCCUUUUUUCUUUUUUGAAGAUCAGGUUUGGUACAGAUCUAUGCACGUGUCACUUUGAAACCUUGUUAUACCUCCUUGUGAGUUCCUCAGUGGCCAAAACAAUGGGUGCAAGAAGAAGAAGGAUGAGGAAGAGGAGGAGGAGGAAGAGGAGGGGGGGUGCAUGAGUUUCACUGUUGAUUAAAAACAGGGUGAUGAAAAUAUCGGCGAUCUGUGGGAACGAUGUGUUGUUGUACACGAGUGAAGGGAAAAAGAAGGGGUGAAGUUUUUUUGAAAGUGUUUUUAAAAGGUUGAAGUUUACAGCUUUUUACCUUUAAUAUCUCUCUCACACACACACACACACAGCAAGGGAAGUGAUCAUGUUCUCAGUGUGGUGACGUGUAGUCCGGGUCAUGUACUGUAACACACUCUUCAUCUUCAUUAAAAGUUUGUUUUGAACUCUCA